UGAGAGGUUUGUGUAAAGAGGAGGACUAUGCGUUUCUGGGAAUGUCAGAAAAGACAUCGGAGGGGGCUGGAUCUUUGGAGGACGACUGGAGGGAUAAAAGAGAGGAGAGGGUCCGCUGGAGACUGGAGAGGGAGCAGCAGGAAAAAAAGAGACUGCAAGAAAUGGAAGAGAGCAAGAAGGAGAAAGAGCAGCAGUGGCGGACUCACAUUGCAGAGCUGACCUCCAGCCAGGAGAAGACACUGCAAGACAGACUGGCAAGACUGAGGAGAUUCAGGGAGUUUCAGAGGAAGGUCCUAGUAGAGGAGUCAGGGAUGGAGGAUGGGGAGGCAAGCCUCACGGUCAACCAACUUCUCACCAGGAUGUAGAUGCACCAUAUGAGAGACUAACUCAUGAUAAACGUGCUUUUUGUUCUUUAACAUCAAUAAAUGAUCACUGUGUCAACUAA